AUGCAGUUCUCUAAGGUCCUCGUUACCAUGGCCAUGAUCGCCAUUGGCAUGGCUACAACCAACGUUGAGGUUGUCAAGAAGGAAGAGUCUUCCUGCACCUGCGAGGGUGUCACGGUCACUAAGACGGUCCCCUCUACUGACACUACUGGCGAGGCCUACACUCCCAGCGGUGGUUACCCCGGCUACCCCACGGGCACCCCGUCUACUGUCCUCGUGACUGCUACUCCCUCUUCCUACGUGACCGGCUCUGAGACCAGCACCCCCGUCAUCGGCUCUGCUACCGAGACUCUCUCUCUGUCGACCACUGAGUCAACCGAGACCGGAACCAUCGAGACUGGAACCGGCAGCACCACUGCUUCUGUCACUGAGACUACCAACACCGCGACCUAUGUCACUAGCAGCGGCAGCACCACCGAGACCCAUUCCUCUCACACCGCUAGCGUGACCACCAGCGAGUCUCACUCUCACUCGAGCACUCAGCCUACUGCUAGCCCCUCUGAGAGCGCCCCUCCCACCUCGGCUGCUGCUUCUCUGCCCAUUGGCACUCUAGGCAUGAGCGGUAUUCUCGGUGGAGCAAUGCUCAUCGCGUUGAUCAACUACGUCUAA